AACCGGAUGAGGCGGCGACUGUGAGACCGAGCCGGGAGCGGGCGUCGCGGCGAAGGGGAGCCCGUGCGGGCUGGCAGAGCGGAGCGGGAAGAAGCAACGGCCACUGACGCCUCGGGGCCGCGUGUCGUAGCCGGUGGAGCCGCGGGCGGAGGCGGGCACCAUGGGCAACCGCGGGAUGGAAGAGCUCAUCCCGCUGGUUAACAAGCUACAGGACGCCUUCAGCUCCAUCGGCCAGAGCUGCCACCUGGACUUGCCUCAGAUCGCCGUGGUGGGCGGCCAGAGCGCCGGCAAGAGUUCGGUGCUCGAGAACUUCGUGGGCCGGGACUUCCUUCCACGUGGAUCAGGAAUUGUCACCCGGAGGCCUCUCAUUCUGCAGCUCAUCUUUUCCAAAACAGAAUAUGCGGAGUUUUUGCACUGCAAGUCCAAAAAGUUUACAGACUUCGAUGAAGUCCGGCAGGAGAUAGAAGCGGAGACUGACCGGGUCACGGGGACCAACAAAGGCAUCUCCCCAGUGCCCAUCAACCUUCGGGUCUACUCACCACACGUGUUGAACCUGACCCUCAUCGAUCUCCCAGGAAUCACUAAGGUGCCAGUGGGAGACCAGCCGCCAGACAUUGAGUACCAGAUCAAGGAUAUGAUCCUGCAGUUUAUCAGCCGCGAGAGCAGCCUCAUUCUUGCCGUCACUCCAGCCAACAUGGACUUGGCCAACUCAGACGCCCUCAAACUGGCCAAGGAGGUGGAUCCCCAAGGCCUACGGACCAUCGGUGUUAUCACCAAGCUGGACCUGAUGGAUGAAGGCACAGAUGCCAGAGAUGUCCUUGAAAACAAGCUACUGCCCUUGAGAAGAGGCUACAUUGGUGUGGUCAACCGCAGCCAGAAAGACAUCGAGGGCAAAAAGGACAUCCGGGCUGCUCUGGCAGCUGAGAGGAAGUUCUUCCUUUCUCACCCAGCCUACCGGCACAUGGCUGACCGAAUGGGUACCCCACACUUACAGAAGACCCUGAAUCAGCAACUGACCAACCACAUACGGGAGUCACUGCCAACCCUGCGCAGCAAACUACAGAGCCAGCUUCUGUCCUUGGAGAAAGAAGUAGAAGAGUACAAAAAUUUCCGGCCCGAUGACCCCACACGCAAGACCAAAGCCUUGCUGCAGUAUGUACCCCCUCCCUGCCUUACCCCAUUGCCUGUCCAAUUCAUUCUGUUCUCCAUUCAGUCCCUGUCCAUGGAGUUUGAUGAGAAAGAUCUACGGCGAGAGAUCAGCUAUGCUAUUAAGAACAUCCAUGGAGUCAGAACUGGGCUCUUCACGCCGGACUUGGCGUUCGAGGCCAUUGUGAAAAAGCAGGUGGUCAAGCUGAAAGAGCCCUGUCUGAAAUGCGUGGACCUGGUUAUCCAGGAGCUUAUCAGUACAGUUAGGCAAUGCACCAGCAAGCUCAGUUCCUACCCCCGGUUGCGAGAGGAGACAGAGCGAAUUGUCACCACCUAUAUCAGGGAGCGAGAGGGGAGAACCAAGGACCAGAUUCUUCUUCUGAUUGACAUUGAGCAGUCCUACAUCAACACGAACCAUGAAGACUUCAUUGGAUUUGCCAAUGCCCAGCAGAGGAGCACACAGCUGAACAAGAAGAGGGCCAUACCCAAUCAGGGGGAGAUCUUGGUGAUCCGCAGGGGCUGGCUGACCAUCAACAAUAUCAGCUUGAUGAAGGGCGGCUCCAAGGAGUACUGGUUUGUGCUGACAGCUGAGUCCCUGUCUUGGUACAAGGAUGAGGAGGAGAAAGAGAAGAAGUACAUGCUGCCACUGGACAACCUAAAAAUCCGGGAUGUGGAGAAGGGCUUCAUGUCCAACAAGCACGUGUUUGCCAUCUUCAACACGGAGCAGAGGAAUGUCUACAAGGACCUACGACAAAUCGAACUGGCUUGUGACUCCCAGGAAGACGUGGACAGCUGGAAGGCUUCGUUCCUGCGAGCUGGGGUCUACCCAGAGAAGGACCAGGCGGAGAAUGAGGAUGGAGCACAAGAGAACACCUUCUCCAUGGACCCGCAGCUUGAACGGCAGGUAGAGACCAUCCGGAACCUGGUGGACUCCUAUGUGGCCAUCAUCAACAAGUCCAUCCGUGACCUCAUGCCAAAGACCAUCAUGCACCUCAUGAUCAACAAUACAAAGGCCUUCAUCCACCAUGAGCUGCUGGCCUACCUGUACUCAUCAGCAGACCAGAGUAGCCUCAUGGAAGAGUCAGCAGAGCAGGCUCAGCGUCGGGACGACAUGCUGCGCAUGUACCAUGCGCUCAAGGAAGCACUCAACAUCAUUGGGGACAUCAGUACCAGCACCGUAUCCACGCCUGUACCCCCACCUGUUGAUGACACGUGGCUCCAGAACACCAGUGGACACAGCCCCACUCCACAGCGCCGACCUGUGUCCAGCGUGCACCCACCGGGCCGGCCUCCUGCCGUGCGGGGUCCCACACCAGGGCCUCCCCUGAUUCCUGUGCCUGUGGGGCCUGCAGCCUCCUUCUCAGCCCCCCCCAUCCCAUCCCGGCCUGGACCACAGAAUGCGUUUGCCAACAAUGACCCUUUCUCAGCGCCACCUCAGAUACCAUCUCGGCCAGCACGGAUUCCCCCUGGUAUCCCUCCAGGAGUGCCCAGCAGAAGAGCACCCGCUGCGCCCAGUCGGCCUACCAUUAUCCGCCCGGCCGAGCCGUCCCUGCUUGACUAGGCUGCAGGGGGCAGUGUUCUGGGGGGUCCUCGUGCACCCACAGUGCAGGAGAGCUUUGGUUUGGGCCCCACUACUGCCCCCCUCCCAUGGUGGGACCAGGCUCCUGUGGGCAACCCCUACCCUUUCCUCCCUAGCCUGGUGGACAUGACAAUGAGGGGGUGGGUGGGGUCCCAGACAACAGGACAUGGGGGCUUUGUACUUUGGGUUGAGGAGAACUGUCUGGUUGGCAGUAGGAACUGCAUCCUUGGGACCAUCUGGAAAGAAAGAUCCAGGCUGGUGUAGGGGAAUUCUACCAGGGGCUUCUCUACAGGCUGUAAGCCUUUGUUCUUUCUUGGGGUACAGCAACUGUCCAACUUUUCCUAAGGGCUCUUCAUCAGGAGUGAGCCAGACCCAACAGACCCAGUGCUGGCCACCUACCUGGCUCAAGUUGUAUAUAUAUAUCUUCUUUGGCCAUAUUAACCACACAACCUGAACCCAGCCCAGUCUCGAUAGCCAGAGGUGCCUUUGUGCCUUCCUCAGGCCUGGAGCACCUCAGCUCUGGCCUGCCUCACUCUCCUCAGCCCCCGUGUGGUUUGGGCUGUGUGAACUGGGGAAACAUCGGGGGCCUUCUGGUUCCCAGCUGGCCCAUCCCCACAGGGUGGGCCUGGUGCCUCUGCAGAUCCUGUCCCCACUGCUUGGUUUGACCACUGUUAAGUGCCUGCCUCUGUAUAUCCUAUUAAUAAACUAAAAUAAAGGGAAGCCCCGCUGGUGGCUA